AAUCUAUCUAUCAGUGAGUAUUUUACGUUACAUCACUCCCACUGCAGAGCCCGGAAUGAUGAAGACGGUUUUAGCUCUCGGUCUGUUCCUAGGCUGUGUCUACGCCCAGGUUCCUUCCCCAUGUCAGCCCCCAGACCUAUGGGAAGCCAGAGAAUUGAAGAUUGAUCGGACAGAGAAUUACGAGCGCUAUGCCAAAAUCUCGUACGAUAACGUGAACAGACGAGUGCGCAGAAUCGAGGAACUCAAAAUCGGGAAAAACACAGACUAUUAUGACGAACUAUAUCUGCACAGCGAGAACAGAUUUUACCGACUGAAUCUGAGAACCCGACAGUGUAACAUGACCGUGCCCCCACGACCAUGGCAUCCGUACGGUAUCCCCAGCGGGGCAACGUUUAGAGGGGAGAACUACAUAGGUGCUAGUGUGCCUUACGGCGGGGUACUUGUCACCCGCUGGAGCGGCAACUUUGACAACCAAGAUUACUUUGCCGGUGCCUGGACCCAGCCUGGUUGUCUUCCCGUUGUCUUUGACACGUACUAUAACUCCACGAACGAGUUCAUCUUCAGAGACUUUUUUGACGUCACCCUGGGUAUUUCGGACCCCAUGGUGUUUGUACCUCCGUCCGAAUGUCAAAGCAGCCUGAAAUACCAGAGGCGCGGCAAAGUGGGCGUGGUCCGCAUGGACCAUUGGUAGAAAUAAAAGCGUCUGCAUUUAACUGUUAUAUC